AUGGCAGCGAUGGCAGCGACGGGCAUCUCUUGGUCUGGCUCUUUUGUACACAUUGUGUUGGCUCUGCUGAUGUGUGUCCAGAGUAUGGUGGCCGCGAAUCCAAAUUUAUCGCAGCUGGUGAAGAAGCAGGUGCAGCAACAACAACAGCACCAACAAUUGGCGAGUGUUGCUGGAAAGGCUUCAACGCAACAGCAACAACAAGUGCCUCAUCCUCAUCACGUGGCACAGCAGCAAUAUGUACACGAUCCUGAAUCUUUACCGGACCAUCAGGAACUCAAAGGGCUGGGUGGGGAGGAGGAUACGCUUUCAGAUCCCUAUCAGAUGCAGGAAUCGCGCUUGCCUGCGUCCUCAAACUAUGCCUGGAAUCCUUAUGCCGCAGCUGCAGUCAACCCCUAUGAGAGUGGAUCUCCUCCACCGCCACCGCCAGUCAUGCCCAUGCCCAAGAUGUUGCCGUUCAUCGGCUAUGCCCAGCCGGUGUUUAUACCCUUUCCACUAUAUAUAGCACCCGAUAUGUUCUAUCCCACCUACCAGAGCAGUAACAACGAUUUGGAUGAUAUGGUCAUGUCACGAGCUGCGGCCAGUGGGCGACGUCCAGCAGCAGCAGGAGCAGCACCAGGCGCCGGCUUUCAGCGCAACUCUCCCAUCUAUUAUGUUCGUCUGCCGCCCACGCCGUACAUGUUUGUGCCAAACAUGGCGCCGGGUCCAUUUGGCAGCAGCUUCUCGCCGUUGCUUACUUACCAGCCUAUGCCCACGUUCUCACCCUUUGGUUCUGUUUUUAACUUGCCAGUAAAUUUCUUGGCCAAUGGCAAACCGUCUGGAAUUUAUCAAAUGAAUGGCGCGCCCACUGAUUUGGCACCCUUUGCAUCUAGCAGUCUAUCUGGCGGUCUAGGUAUGCGUCCACCUACGCCCAGCAAUCCAUACAGACCCACGUCUACAGGUGGUUAUAUGCCGCCGCAGCAUGGGUUCGGUCUCACCGCUGUGCCCGCCCCACAACAGGAUUCGAAGCUGACCUCCCUAAAAAGACCGUUCCUAUUUAAUGGACGUCCGGAAGAUAUUUAUAUACUGCCUAAUAACUUUAAUCCACUCUACAACGAGCAAAGCUAUUACUGAGCAAAAGACUAGCCUUGAACAGAAAGUAUUA